AUGAAGCAUGUUUUGGCCGCCGCGAAAAUUGGUAACAUUCCAAAUAUAGCGUAUGCAAAUCUUCUGGUGCUAUUAUCAUGGCAACUCUUUUACACAAUUGCUUUGGUCUCAGCAGACCCGCUGGUUCACGACCACAACAAGCAGGUGACCUAUCAAGGAACCACAGACAAUGGCGUCGACCAAUUUCAAGGCAUUCCCUUCGCCGAAGACACGUCUGGACAUAAUCGGUUCGCCGCACCAAAACCCUUCUAUCCACCAGCAGGAAGCACGAUACACGCAACUAAUGCCGGCCCGGCAUGCCCACAGCCAAGCGAAGCCAUUGUGCCAUUCAUGUCACAUAUUACGUACCAGAGCGAGGACUGCUUGAAUCUUCGGAUUGCUCGACCUGCUGAUGCCACUCAUUAUCGGGAGCCUCUGCCAGUAAUGGUUUAUAUCUACGGUGGUGGGUCAUUCGUCGGACAAGCCUACGACAAAACGUUCAACCCGAUCGGACUGAUCCAGCAAUCCAUAGCCAACGACCAGCCCGUAAUCUACGUCGCAAUGAACUAUCGCGUGGGAGUCUUCGGUUUCGCCGCUGCCGAGUUUCUCAAGACCCAAAAAGCCGAGAACAAUGGCUUGAGAGACCAACAUCUGGCUCUGAAAUGGGUCAGAGACAACAUUGACGCUUUCGGUGGAGAUCCCAAUCGCGUUACGCUCUACGGACAGAGCUUUGGUAGUAUAUCUGUGGGGUUGCAACUCAUCGCUUGGGGUGGUGAACAAGAGAAACUAUUUCACAGAGCGAUUCUCUGUUCUGGUAGCAUCGCUGGAGAUAGAGGAGACACUGCAGUCAAAGCAAAUACCGUCGAUGUGGCUAGUAGGCUUGGUUGUCCGCUCGAGGAUGGCAUCAUCGACGAGAAAGCAUUGGCAUGUCUCAAAAACGUGCCACUUGAAGACUUGCUCAAAAUCAACAUAGCCGUAGCAAGAGAGGCACGCCCACCUUUCGGCUUCCGCGCCUUCACGCCCGUGAUCGACGAGGACAUGAUCCCCGACACGCCCUCGAAAUUGCUCGAGCAAGGGCGUUUUCUGCAAAACAUCCCCACAAUAGCAACAUGGACCCGCGACGACGGCACCGUCUUCAUCGAUCCCCACACUCACUCCGAAGCCCAUAUAACGCACUACCUCCUCCGCACGCACAACUCGUCGCACCUCAACACCACCGCCCUCCUAUCUCUCUACCCUCUCUCCGACUUCAUACCCCAGUCGAUCGCCUCCCCAACUCAUACCUCCCCACAAUAUUUCCGCGCCGCUCGCAUCGCGCGGGAUAUGGCAUUCACAUGCCCGCAAUUCACCCUCGCGCAGCAAAUCUCCCGGUACAGUGAAGGCAAGACGGCAGUGUAUUUAGCAGAGCUUAACGAGACGCGCCUGCUCCCGUUCUGGGAGCAGAUGAAAGUACCGUGGGGGGUCAGCCAUCUAAGCGAUAUUCCGUAUUUCUUUAAUGAGGGGUUGGUGGCGCCGGGAGAUAAUGGGGAGGAAGCCAUGGAGUUGGCGCGGAGGUAUGCGAGGAGUUUUGUUGCUUUUGCUUGGAGUGGGGAUCCGGUGGGUAUGGCUGGGGAGACGUUUGGGGAGUGGCCGAUGGCGAAGGGGAGGGUGGAAGAGGGAGAUGUCGAUGUGCUUGUUAUUGGUGGGCGGUGGGGAACGGGGCCCGCUAGAAUAGGGAGAGGUGGAAGGGAAGAGGUGGGGUGGAGACGGUGGUGGGAGAGACUUGGGAAUGUUUCGGGAUGGCGGCAGAUUUGGGAGGGAAUUGAGAAGGUGGGGUUGAAGAAAAGGUCGGGGAGUGAGGAGCUUAAGAGGGAGAGAGCGCUGGCGUUGAGGAGUGAACAGCUUGCAAAGCGGUGUGGGUAUCUAGAGUCACUUCGUUAG